AUGACUUUGUAUAAUAGGGAUAAUUCUAAGUUCACUACAGCGGAGACCACGCCAACAAAGAGCUUCUUACUUGGAUCUUACAGAGUGUCCCUCAGGGACCACACCUGUGAUUGCGGGUGUUUCCAGGAACUUCAUUAUUCAUGUUGCUAUGCCUUAGCGUGUUGUGCAUACUCACAUCUUGAUUGGACAAUUUAUGUCCAUCAGGUGUAUCGCCUUAGCUCGGUGUUCAAUGCCUAUCGGAUGGGGUUCACCCCUCCAAUCCUAGAGGAGUUUUGGCCACUAUAUGACGGUCCAAAAGUCAUCCCUAAUCCCGCCAAUAGACGUGCGUCUGAAGGGCGGCCCAGGACUACUAGCACAAUGGAUGAGGCUGACACGAACAGACCCAAGAAGUGCGGCCUUUGCGGACAGCCUGGCCACACACGUAUGAGGUGUCCAUAG